AUGACGCUAGUCAGAAGAAGAGGCCGCGGCAGAGUACCAAAAAGCCAAUCAGUUGAAGAACCGACAAAGUUUCAACCUGGAACACUGCAAUUCAUCAACUCUGCUCAUCCAGAUGAGAUCACAAAUGCAAAUAGUAUCAGAUUGAUAAGAUCCCACGCAGCAAAGCUUUCUCGUGCUCUACAGAAGGACAAGAAGCAAGGCCAAGCUCUCGAAGAAUAUGACCCUGAAAGCUCAGCUGAGGCAGAGUUGAGAUCGCUGGUUCACCAAGAAAGCGAUACACGAUACCGAAAGAUCAUGCCUAAAUCAAAAGUACAUGAACUGACUGGAAAUCGACCACCAAGUCCUCUCCAGUUGAUUGGCGGUGCUCGCAGUGUCGCAUACACAGGAUUUGCGAGGCCACUUUCAGAUGAUGAGCACUAUCUCUUUGAUUUCUAUCUAAACUAUGUUAUUUCUUACGGAUACACAGCAUGCUAUGCCCAGGAUGAUGAGCGGAACUUUAGCUACCUCAUGAGACAUAUCUGGGUGCCCAAUGCAAUGUCUAAACUCAGUCUUAUGGCUGCCGUCUUUCACGUGGCGUGCCGGAACUAUGCCGCCGCCACAAAUAAUGAUCUAUCAAGCAAAUUUGCGGUCAAAAAACUCCAAUAUCGACUGACAUGCAUCCAAAUGGCCAAGGACGCCAUCGAAUCGGAGGCUGUCGCUACAGAUACAACUAUCGCAUUGGCAAUGCUGAUGGCCUCUGAAGCAGUGAGCAUUCCUUCCCACUCUUUGGUUUCACUCUUUAUUCUAAGAAAAAGGCUAACUGGAUCAUUGUAG